AUGGCUUGGAGUUUCUGUGGAAAAGUCCAGCUGGGGGGACUGAUCCUCUCUCUCCUUGGCUGGGUCUGCUCGUGUGCCACCACCGUCCUGCCCCAGUGGAAGACUCUCAAUCUGGAACUGAACGAAAUGGAGACCUGGAUCAUGGGACUUUGGGAGGUCUGUGUGAAUCAGGAGGCAAUUGCCACCGUGUGCAAGGCCUUUGAGUCCUUCUUGUCUCUGCCCCAGGAGCUCCAGGUAUCCCGCAUCCUCAUGGUAGCCUCGCAUGGGCUGGGACUACUGGGGCUUCUGCUCUCUGUCUUUGGGUCCGAAUGCUUCCAGUUUCACAGGAUUGGAUGGGUAUUUAAGAGGCGGCUUUGCCUCCUGGGAGGAACUUUGGAGGCAUCAGCCUCAGCCACUACCCUCUUUCCAGUCUCCUGGGUGGCCUAUGCCACAAUCCAAGACUUCUGGGAUGACAGUGUCCCUGAGAUUGUGCCUCGGUGGGAGUUUGGAGAUGCUCUCUACUUGGGCUGGGCUGCUGGCAUUUUCCUGGCCCUUGGUGGGUUACUCCUUAUGUCCUCGGCUUGCCUGCGAAAAGAAGAUGUGCUGUCUCCCCGGAUGCCUGGUCCCACAGCCCCAUCAUCCUGUGCUCCAGCAGAGGAGUCUGAUGGCUCCUUCUAUCUAACACCAAGACCGAGGAACCUGUUCAUCUAG